AGAAUGUUAUGCUAAUUUAAUGAAAAGUUGCUGGGAUCCUGAUCCAAAAAAAAGACCUUCUAUAAGUGAAAUUUGGGAUACUUGUAGUCUAUGGUAUAAUCAUUAUAGAUCUGUUUCAAUUAUUAGCAGUUCCGAUUACAUUAUUCAAUUUGCCCAAGCUGAAUUAAAAAGGAAAGAUUUAAUAGUUUCGAAGAAGCUUGGUUCCAAGUUUAGUGAAAAGCCUCAUCCAAAAGCUAUUUAUACAAGUAGAUCAUUAAAUUCUUACAUUUCUAAAUGUUCAUCUAUAUUUUCUAAAUAUUCAUCUAUCAAUUUUUCAUCAAAUGGUAUGUAUACUAUUUUGAUAAAAGUCAUCUUUGGAUAGUUAAAUUAAAUUUCUUUUUUUAUAGACUACACCUCAAAUGAUCUAGAAUUUGACAUAGAUAUUAAAAGUAGUGAACUCAACGUAAUCGGAAC